AUGAAAGAUGCAAGAGAGAAUUUAAACUCGAAUUUAAAUCCGUCUACGAAUGAAUUUGAAAGACUCAAAACUUUACCACCUCUUUUCCCUAAAAGCUUUGUUCAGUAUUCCGUAUCAAUGGGAGAAAUCAACUCAGUGGUCAUGGCUAGUUCGACAUUUGAAGCUGCCAUUAAAUUUGCAUUUUGGUUGAACGAAACUCGUCUCUUUCAAGCGAAUUCAACAAACGUAGAAAUUUCCUAUGGUGGCGAUCGCUAUAUUUACACCGUCUCUUUGGAUGGAGGAAAGCCAGAUGUUGAGCUAUGUUACAUGGUCAGAAAGUCUCUCGUCGGUGAGGACGAUGUUACAGAUCAACUGAUCGUUAAUGGCGUGAAUGAAAAUAUAAGUACAGGUGUUCAUAUCGACCUUGAAACUAGUGAGCUGAUAGACACCACUCUUAAACAGUUCUUCUGCUUUUCGUCGUUUCUCCCGCUACAAAAGGAAACAAUAGUGUCUACAAUGCAAGGGGAAAAUGUCAUGACUAUUGUAGGGACUGGUGGUGGGAAAUCGUUAACCUACCUUCUUCCUGCUGUCCUCUCUUUUAAACCAACUGUUGUAAUAUCAUCAAUAAAAUCUUUAAUAGAUGAUAUAAUAAACAGAUGUUUCGACCUCAACAUAUAUGCAUGUAAGUUUACUGGAGAUAUAUCAAAGCAAGUGCACAAAGAACAGUUGCAAAAAUUUCAAAGUUAUCGAGUUGUUGUGGUAACCCCAGAAGUUCUAAGGGAUGGAGAAUUAAGAAAGGUCGUUGAGGCUAAUGUGGCAGAAGGGAAGAUAGAUAGAAUAGUUUUUGAUGAGGCACACACUAUUGUAAGCUGGGGCGACACAUUUCGCCCAGAUUAUAAGGAUGUUUGUGAACAUUUUGCAAAACUGACAGGCUGUCCUAAGCUACUGUUGAGUGCAACAGUUCCGGGUAAAGUCGAAUCUGCAAUUCAAAAUAUUUUUCCAAAUCUGACCGUUUUAAGAGCUUCUGUUUUCCGGGAAAACCUUGAACUUUGUGUUAAGGAACGCACAAGCACCUUCUACAAUGAAUUGGUGAGCUUUAUUUCCGAGCACAUUGAUGAAUGUGGUAUUGUUUAUUGUGUGCUGCAAAGAGAUGUGUCAAAUGUUCAUGUAGAGCUGUUAAAACGAGGCAUUAACUGUAUUAAAUACCACGGACAGCUAUCAGAACAUGUUAAAUCAGUUAACUAUUCAAAGUGGAUGAGUGGGGAAUGCAAAAUUAUAGUUGCAAACUCUUCAUUCGGUAUGGGCAUUGACAAGCAUGAUGUGAGAUAUGUAGUCCAUGCUAAAAUGCCAACCAGCAUAGAGGAGUACUACCAGCAGUGUGGUCGUGUAGGACGUGAUGGUCUAUCGGCAAAAUGUAUUCUAUAUUACACAUAUGCUGACAAGAAUAUACUUUUGAAGCUCUUCAAGCACCAAGAUGAUCUAACGCCCCAAAUUGCUGCUGUUGAUGAGCUUGUUAACCUAUUAGAAGACCCUGUACAAUGCAGACACAAAUGCAUUAUGAUGUAUUUUGGUGAACCAAGGGAGAACUUUUCAUGCGGACAUUGUGACAAUUGCAGUCAUCAUGGAAAGUACUAUUUGACAGACGGUACAACAGAUGCUAUGAAGGUAGUUCAAUCUAUGGUUGAAUUGACUGGGAGAACAGUUGUGUGCAAGACACUUAAUUUUUUUUUAGCAGGAAGUAAACGCAAACAACUACAAGAGGAUGAACUGGAUUUAUUGUCGAGUUUUGGUAUUCUUGAAAAAAAGUUUGUACCUCUUAUUAUGUUAGAAAAGUUCUUACAUUCACUGAUAUACAAUGGUGUGUUAGCUGAGAAUGUUGUUAAAAAGGGCCAGAGUGUGUUCCUUCAAUUAGUACUUGGUCCAAAGGCACAUGAUAUUCUAGCCCUAAGGAUGAGUGUCACAAAGUAUGAGAAGCAAUUAUACUAA